AUGCGAAACGCUGUCGGUACAACGCAAGAAGGCCUUACUGAGUUUCUUCAGCAGCAUCCAUCUCUUUUUACCGUUGAAGGGGAUCAGGUGAUUUUGAAUGGAUUCGGAGAUAUUACAGCAAAAAAUAAUCCAUUGCUGCAAUCGGCGUCUAGGAAUCGAGAUUAUGAAAAAGAAGCUGUGGAUUUCUUCGUUAUGAAGCUCACUAAAUUUGGACCGGAAUUGCAGAUCAAAUCCUUGUUGGGACAUCGUUCGCAAGCAGCGCCCGAAGUACGGUUGGUCUCUGGUCGUCACCUGAAGGAGUUUUGCGAGUUCCUACAGUCACAAACGGAACAUUUCGUUGUUGAAGGUGAUCGUGUACGCUUAAAGAAUAUGCCGGAGCCGGAUGAAAAUGCAAUCGAACUAGACGACGAGGGCAAGCCACUGGCUGGUGUAAAAGCGAAACAAGCAGCGGUGGAAUACCUGAAGAGCGUUCUCGAACAGAACGAAGAUCAGCCGAUUCCGCUCGAUGUCUUCUAUCAGCGGUUUUGUCAGCGAUUCUCUCAUUCAAUUCGUCAGGACGUUGCGACGAAUCCGAAGGAAUUGCUACAGUUUCUUAAGCUCAAUAGAGGAUUGUUUUUCAUCAGAAGUAACAAGGUGACACUGGUGAAGAACCGUCCAGCUGAGGAUGGCAGCGAAAAUGGCUCAGAGGAAGGCGACGUAGAGAGCAACAACAACAGCGUAUUCCCUUUGGACCAGAACGCUCUGGCGCGAAUACAUUUUGUCAAAGCGUUAAAACCUGCUCAGGAGCUUGUUGGAAAGUUAUGUCAGGAUAUUCAGAACCAGGAGCGAAAAGUGGUUGGACUUGACUUUAAAACGGUUACUGUUGGUAUUGAUGGCGAGCUGUUUCUCUCACUCUGUGUUGUCGCCACUCAGUUCCAAAUCGGUGUGUUUGAUCUCGCUUCAAGUGACGUGAUCAUAAUGGAGAGCGGUCUAAGGGACAUACUUGAGAGCAACUCAGUUACAAAGCAUGACAAGUUCGGUAAGCCGCUUCAUGACCUUCGCUCGAUAUCAUUCGUCAAUCUUCAACGCGUUUACUAUCCUCAAUCUAUAAUGAUGAGCGACGUAACUCCUCGAAAGUUAAGUCAGUCCCCGAAUUGGGGAAUUCGUCCGAUGAAUGACGAACUGCUGCUUUCCUGUGUUGAAGAAGCGCACUGCCUUUUGUCAGCACUUUAUCAAACGCUUUCAAAUCUAAUUCCUGUGCAUUUACGAGGUCUUUUUGAGGAUAAAUGCAUUGAGGUUUUGCUGGCCAGUCCUACACGUCCACCACCGCUCUCCUUUGGUUGCGGAAGUCCAUGUCGUACCACAGCUCGUGCCAGUGGCCGUAACCUGCCAGUCGCGUACGUGCAACCAGGUAACGGUGACCGUAGCGCAGCAUGUACUCCACCCAUCUCGGCUCGUCGCAUGACGGACUCCUGCACACAGACAUUCUCAACGGGCGAAAUUCAAGUGCUCAAUGUGUUUUACGAGUGA